GUGUGUGAGUGGUUUGUCAGUCUAGUAUACACUUUGGCACUCAUGGGCAGCACACACACACACACACACACACACACACACACACCGAGAGAGAGAGAGAGACAAGCAUGCAGUGCACACUAGUUUUCUCAUCCCAGUUUGCAGUGAACAGCAGAGGAGACUUACAAGACCCACUGGUGCAAUAAAUCUAACGCCCAUCGCUCUGGUCCUCUCUUCCUCUCACUAUCUAUGCGUUCUUUCUUAGGAAGAGUUUGUCUUCUGGACCAGUGGAGUUUGGACAUAUUGACAUGCUUCAUUGAUGCUCUUGUUUGAUGAUCGUAGUCACAUGUGGCGUCCAGCCGGUGGCAGUAACAUGCAGCAGUAACUGAUCGACUCAGCAGUGCCAUUACAUUUGUCCAGCAGUAUGUUGAGGCAUUGGGGGUUUGCUGUGUUCCUGUUAACCGUCCCGAUCCCGGUCCAACCCAGACCCACUAAUGCUCUCAGCUACAGACAGCGGCGCUCAGUAGGACACGCACAGAUGAUGCAUGACAGGGGUCGAUCCCUGCAUGACCGGAAGAGGCGUACGUUUAUCCAGGAUCUGCUUGAGCAGGUGCACACGGCUCAGGUGUGGGACUCCCCCGGUCAGAUCCAGAGAAGUGUCCAGACCCCACGGCUGUCCAAACCCAUGGGCAGCUCCAAAAACUUCCCCUUGAGCUUUCAAAUGGAGACUAUAGGGACGAGAGACGACCUGCCGCAGGAGACCAGCAAGACCCUGAGAUACCAGGAGCAGCCACUGAAAGCUGUGACCAAGAGGAAGAGGAAGAUGAGUUUGGGGAGAUGGAGGAGGGACAGGGGGUGUGGCUUCCGUAUGCAAAUUAGAGACCAAUAAAAGAGCCUGGAUAAGAAUGAAGGCUCGAUUCGAAGCACAGCAACUGAAUCUGGACGAACUGAGAAGGCUUUGUGAUAAGAUGAUUUGCUGCCUGAUACAGUUAGAGCUGAGACUUCAUCACUGCUAUUGGUGGAUGCACCUUUAAAAUGUAAAGUUCAAAAAGACUAUUUCACCGUGGCAUGGGAUAUGCAAAAAUAGUGACUCAUGGUUUGUUUUUCGUUCAAAAUAAACUUUCUAAUCAGUUCUCUAUUCUAGAGCUUCAUUUGAUGAGUAGAAAGCGCUUCACAUACAGACUAAUUUGUAUUUGUUACAAUCAGAGUUCCCUGUAUUAAAUGUAGUCAUUCAGUAAGACUUUUCAUGAAAUAUUUAAUUUAUUUGAUUGGAAUAUUUAUUCCCUGAAUGUAUCUCAAUGCUGCUGAUUUUGACGAGA